AUGGUUUCUCUAAGUUUUAUUUUGUGUUGUGUUUUAGUAAGUAGUUGUGCAUACGCCACAAUCGUCUCUCAUGAUGGUCGUGCCAUCACUAUUGAUGGUCAUCGUCGAGUUCUUCUCUCUGGUUCUAUCCAUUAUCCUAGAAGCACCACUGAGAUGUGGCCGGAUCUUAUAAAGAAGGGCAAAGAAGGAAGUCUUGAUGCGAUCGAGACUUAUGUUUUUUGGAAUGCACAUGAACCUACUCGUCGUCAAUAUGAUUUCUCUGGAAAUCUAGAUCUUAUUCGGUUCUUGAAAACCAUUCAAAAUGAAGGAAUGUAUGGAGUUCUUCGCAUAGGACCAUAUGUUUGCGCAGAGUGGAACUACGGAGGAUUUCCAGUGUGGCUUCACAACAUGCCCGGAAUGGAAUUCAGAACUACUAAUACUGCGUUUAUGAAUGAGAUGCAAAAUUUUACGACAAUGAUAGUAGAAAUGGUCAAGAAAGAGAAGCUUUUUGCAUCACAAGGAGGUCCAAUUAUCCUUGCUCAGAUUGAGAAUGAAUAUGGAAAUGUGAUUGGAUCAUAUGGAGAAGCGGGUAAAGCAUAUAUUCAGUGGUGUGCAAACAUGGCUAAUUCUCUUGAUGUUGGUGUUCCGUGGAUCAUGUGUCAACAAGAUGAUGCUCCUCAACCAAUGUUAAACACAUGCAAUGGUUAUUAUUGUGAUAACUUUUCACCAAACAACCCCAACACUCCAAAAAUGUGGACUGAGAAUUGGACCGGCUGGUAUAAGAAUUGGGGAGGUAAAGAUCCUCACAGAACAACCGAAGAUGUUGCUUUUGCCGUUGCAAGAUUUUUCCAAAAAGAAGGAACUUUCCAGAACUAUUACAUGUAUCAUGGAGGUACCAACUUUGAUAGAACUGCGGGUGGUCCGUACAUCACAACAACAUAUGAUUACGAUGCUCCUCUUGACGAAUUUGGUAAUUUGAACCAACCAAAAUACGGACACCUGAAACAGCUUCAUGAUGUUCUUCAUGCUAUGGAGAAAACUCUCACUUAUGGAAACAUUUCCACCGUUGAUUUUGGAAAUUUAGUCACGGCAACAGUUUAUCAAACAGAAGAAGGAUCAAGUUGUUUCAUUGGAAACGUUAAUGAAACGUCAGAUGCAAAAAUCAAUUUCCAAGGAACAUCUUAUGAUGUCCCGGCUUGGUCUGUGAGCAUUUUACCGGAUUGCAAAACUGAGACUUAUAAUACCGCCAAGAUUAACACUCAAACUUCGGUGAUGGUUAAGAAAGCGAAUGAAGCUGAGAACGAGCCUUCGACUUUGAAAUGGUCAUGGAGACCAGAGAACAUCGACAGUGUCCUCUUGAAAGGGAAAGGAGAAUCUACAAUGAGACAGUUGUUUGAUCAGAAAGUAGUAAGCAAUGACGAAAGUGAUUAUCUUUGGUACAUGACUACGGUUAAUCUCAAAGAACAAGAUCCGGUUUUGGGGAAAAAUAUGUCUCUUCGUAUCAACAGUACUGCUCAUGUUCUUCACGCUUUUGUCAAUGGACAACAUAUUGGUAAUUAUCGCGUUGAAAAUGGAAAGUUUCACUAUGUUUUUGAGCAAGACGCAAAGUUCAACCCUGGUGCUAAUGUCAUUACUCUCCUUAGCAUAACCGUAGGCCUUCCGAACUAUGGUGCUUUCUUCGAAAACUUUUCGGCUGGAAUCACUGGACCCGUUUUUAUCAUUGGAAGAAAUGGUGAUGAAACUAUAGUUAAAGAUUUGUCUACUCAUAAAUGGAGUUACAAAACUGGUUUAAGCGGGUUUGAGAACCAACUCUUUAGUUCAGAAUCACCUUCGACAUGGUCAGCUCCUUUGGGAAGUGAACCAGUUGUGGUCGAUCUUUUGGGACUUGGAAAAGGAACGGCUUGGAUCAAUGGAAAUAACAUUGGACGUUACUGGCCAGCUUUUCUCUCAGACAUAGAUGGUUGUUCCGCUGAGUACCAUGUUCCUCGGUCUUUCUUGAACUCGGAAGGAGACAACACCUUGGUUUUGUUUGAAGAGAUUGGAGGAAACCCCUCACUUGUCAAUUUUCAAACAAUUGGAGUUGGAAGUGUUUGUGCAAAUGUCUAUGAGAAGAACGUUCUUGAGCUUUCAUGCAAUGGAAAACCGAUUUCUGCCAUCAAAUUUGCUUCCUUUGGUAACCCAGGAGGCGAUUGCGGAUCUUUUGAGAAAGGAACUUGUGAAGCAAGCAACAAUGCUGCGGCUAUCCUCACCCAAGAAUGUGUUGGAAAAGAAAAGUGUUCCAUUGAUGUUUCCGAGGAUAAGUUUGGAGCAGCGGAGUGUGGUGCUUUGGCUAAGAGACUCGCCGUCGAAGCUAUUUGCUAG